AUGCGACACUUGCGCCUACACCAAGGCCUCGCUGCCAGAGACCUAUUUACAAAGCCACUCAAUUCAACAAGCCCGUGUCGUCGCUGCUUCUCCCAAUCCCGAACCCAUCAUGGCCUGACACCAUUCACUCGCCGCAUCUUCAAGCUCCCCUCCGCACCACCUCCGCCGUCCCAACACCACAACGACCUCACCAGCUUCCUUUCCUACGCCGAGCGCAUAUCCCUCCCACCAACAAGCACCGUCUACGUAGGAACCCACUACGAAUACACCGUCCUCCAAAGCCUCCGUCGCUAUGCAUUAGCCCUGCACCGCAUCGGCGGCCGCGACGACGCCGGUAUCGACCUUGUCGGUACCUGGCACCUGCCAGAGCGGGAGCGGGAACGCGCACUCCGCGUGUUGGUUCAAUGCAAGGCACUCAAGACUAAGCUCGGGCCUAAUCUGGUCCGCGAGCUUGAGGGUGCAAUCCGCCAGGCGCCUGUCGGUUGGCGCACGGGCCAGACUGCAGGCGUGCUGGUGAGCCCGCGCGAGGCAACCAAGGGCGUACGGGACGCGCUGGCGCGGAGCUCGUACCCUCUUGUUUGGAUGAUGGUUGAAUUGGAUGGGACAUUGAAACAGGCGCUUUGGAAUGCCCGCGCUGAAGAGCUAGGGUUGGGGCCUUUGGGGGUGGAGACGCGGUAUGGUGCGGGUGCGGCCGAGUCUGGCUCUGUGACGAAGGAGGUCGCUUUGACCUGGGAUGGGAGUGAUAUUCCUGAUAUGGAUCAGGUGGAGCAGAGUUUACUCCGCUACGAGGACCAAUGGGUGAAAUACUGGAGUGUGGACUCGUUAAAGGUCGAUAAGGAAGCUCUCCUGGAUGUCGUCGACAGGGUCUUCCCAGAUGGCCCGCCAGAAGCACAACCGGAUGGAUCUAUAUCGGGUGUAGAUCAGUCGAAGGUUCUGCAGGCUCUACUAAGAUCAUAG